GUUGGCUGUACUGAGAGAAGCUGCGUUUAAGUGCCCUGUGUUAGGACGGAGAGGAGAAACCAGAAUUUUUACCUAACCUAACCUAAUUCAAUCUAGUGGUUUUUUUUUCUAUUUUUCUCUGUUUUUUUUCUCUCUCUCUUUCUUUUUCUUGUCUUGAAGUGUUUCGUGAAGUGUUUUUUUUUUUGUUGUUUUGGGCUGUUUUGUUUUUGUUCGUGUUUUCGUGUGUUCUGGUGCUGUUACUGCUGCUACUACUGCUGUUAUUACUGCUACUACUACUACUGCUACUGUUGCAGCCGACAUGAUUACUGUGCAGGAGAAGCGGCCAGCGGGGCGAGGCUUCAGCGUGCGGGACCUGCUGCAGCUUCACGAGGCGGCGCCACCUCCUACCCCUCGUCCCGCGGAGCAGCAGCAGCAGCCACAGCAGUCACAAGAGGCAGCGCUGCAGCAGGGUGGAGUACCGCCCAGCGCGGUGCAGGCUGCGGCAGACUCUACGGAGCAGGCCGCGGCCCUCACACCAGCGGAGGAGGAGCUGGAGGCGCUGGAAGUGGAGGAGGACACCGAGACAGGAGGGCGCAAGAGGAAGCGGCGCAUUCUAUUCAGCAAGACGCAGACCUACGAGCUGGAGCGACGCUUCCGCCAGCAGCGCUACCUGUCGGCGCCGGAGCGCGAGCACCUGGCGGCACUGCUGGACCUGACGCCCACGCAGAUCAAGAUCUGGUUCCAGAACCACCGAUACAAGACCAAGAAGCUGAUCAGGGAGCGCGGCCUGGAGGGCCCGCCGCUGCCGCCCCUCGGCACCUUUUCCCAGUCCCUGCGCUGUCUGGCGCCCACAGGACCCGCCGCCCGCCUGCACGAGUACCUGCCCGGCCCCGCGCCGCCCCUGCUGCACCUGGGCCUGCACCAGGCACAGUUUCCCGGCCUGUUACCCUUCCUGCCCGUGUGUCCCUUCCCGCCACCCGCCCUGCCCUCGUCACCCUCCCUCCUAGCGCAGGCCGCCGCCGCUGCCGCCGCCGCCGGGCCGCUGCGCACGUCCCUGGCUUCUACACUCACCCCACCCACCACCGCCUCGCUCCUGCCGCACACGCCGCCCACCAGCGGUGCGGCGUCACCUCCCGCCGUGGCCAGCGCCGCUCCGCCAGUCACCACCGCCCUGUCGCUGUCGCGGGCUGGCUCCCUGCGGCCUGAGGGCGUGUGUUGGUGAGGUGCGGCGCCGCGCCGUGCCCAGACUGUGAUGUGUCGCGCGUCACGGUGCAGUGACAGUGCCGCCGCGGCGAGGCCACCAAGGCCGCGGCAGCCACGACCUUGGUGACGCUGCCUGCCGGCGCCGCGCCGCGCCCAGCAGGAAGAGCCAUGUCCGCCACCCCGGACAGUGCCACCGCGACCCGCGUGACCCACAAGGCACCGCCGCACCCGCCACGAACCCUGCCAUCGCAAUGCUGCUGGCGCCCUGCUGACUGGUGUGGGAGAGGCGGCAGCAGCAGAAACAGCAGCAGCAGGACGAGGCGCCUCACGCCAAGCAGGGACAGAGUUCAAAGGUGUAGCACGAGGGAGUGAUGGUGAUGAGUGGCCACACGACAACCAGGGGGAGUGAUGGUGAUGACACUCACCAUGGCGGUGAUGCUGCUGGUGAUGGCCGUGAUGAUAAUAAUGAUAAUGAUCAAGAAAAAGAUAUUCAUGACUAGGAUGAUGACAAUGAUGAUAAUGAUGACAAUGAUGAUGAUGAUGAAUAGGAGGAGAAGGAGGAGGAGGAGGAGAAGGAGGACUAAGUAAGAUAAUAAUAAUGAUACUAUUAAAAAUAA